AUGAAUUCGCAGUUCGUGCCCAAACCGUUCGAUAUGGCAACGAUUGAGCCUGAGGGCGUUGAAGAGGUGCAAGCAGAUCAAAUCGAUACGUUUUGGCUGGUUCCAGGCCAACUACCGUCGUCUCGAUAAGACCGAUUGAGUCGUCCUGUGCCAGGAUCGUUUCUAGGCUUGGGCCACGAUGAGAAUAGCAACCAACCAGUUCUGACGACUCUAGGCCACCUUCGCAGAGGUUGCUUGCCUUACUAACAAGUUCCUCCAGAUAGUUGGCAUUUUCACGGCGCAUGUAAAUACAGUAUUCGGCAUGCUCAUCUGCCGAUCGCAACCACUGCAAUGUUGCUGUGGAGCAUGAACGCCGGACGACUUUCACACUUGUGUCUUCCGGUAGUUUCGGAUAUGGCGAUUGAUCGGUCUGUGUACUGGCCCAUAGAUGGACCGUUUUCGGUUUCGCAUCAUCGUUACUGA